GAGGCACGGAGAUGAGGGAUUCAAACCCAGUUAUCCUUCAGAACCUCUGGCUAUUCAUUCAUUCAUUCUAAAAAAAACACACAAAAUUGCUGUACGAUUAUUCAACUUGCUUAAAAAAAUGCAAAGCUAUCACCUUUUACAGGCUUUUUUAUACCUUUCAACGCUGGUUCAUUCUUGUUACAGUGCUGACAAUUCUGAGAAAGGCAGCACUUUCUGUAUUUGGACUAGAUCCACUUCAGGUGGGCAAAUACAGCAUGCAUUUCUCAGAAGGACUCAGACGUCUCUUCUCUUGUAUGACAGCAUCUGGAACAAAAACAACAGCCUUUUUAGCUGCAUGACAAGUGAUGAGCACUCUGUGAUUGACAGUUACCUGUCCAGGUGCUGGGAAGACAGCUCUUUCUCAAAGACGCUUGAUGCACGCUUUGACAUCAGGGAGCUGAUUGAUCCUCACGGUCCCUGUGAGGCUGCAGGCUUUACAGAGGAAUUUACAGCAUCUGUACGGAGGGCCAGAGACCUGAGGAGUGUUGGAUCUGAUGGAUUUGAGCACCAGGACCGUGGAGAAAGCUCCAGACAGAUGCUGCACCGCUCAAAGCGAGCAUGGAUGAUUCCAGGGACUCUGUGGUGUGGCUCAGGAAAUAAGGCGAUGGCCUUUGGUGACCUGGGUGUCUUUGAAGAUACAGAUAAAUGCUGCAGAGAACACGACCACUGUAAAGACACCAUUGCUUCCUUUUCAUACAACCAUGGUGUCUUUAACACCAACAUCUUCACUUUAUCACACUGCGACUGUGACAACAGGUUCCGCCGCUGUCUCCUGGGUGUUAAUAAUACCAUGUCCAACCUCGUGGGCUACGGAUACUUCAAUGUGCUAAAGAUGCGCUGCUUUGAGUUCUCUCAGCAGAUGCAGUGUGCCAAGAGAACGUGGUGGGGCAUGUGUGCAAUUUAUGAACUUGCUCAAUACGCUGUGGUGAAAGAUGCAGCAAACUACACCGACACACUCCCAGACCAAGACAUGGAGAUGCUGGAAACCAGUUUUCACCAAGCAAUCACUCUGGGACAAAACCAGGUCACCAAAAACACAGACCAAUCACUAAAUAUACAAGAUCCCAGGAGCAAGAGUUUAGAACCGAGUCCAGUUUCGACAUCACCAGAACCAUCUGUUACAACACCGCGGUCCUGGACAGAUGCACCAAAUAUAACAACAGACAGACCACAAAAAGGCAAGUUUGAGAUGUGUGAGCUUUACAGAGACUUGGAUUCAUGCCAUCUACAGAUCCCUGCUUUACAGGAGAAAUUUGGUCUACAAAACCCUGGCAUGAGAACCCUUUACCACUGCAACUGUACUGCCAGGCUCGUCCGGAAGAUCUUGUCCAAAGAAUUGGAUGAAACGGACCCUGUGCAUUCACUGUUGAUGGAUUUCGUUUCACAAUCCUGCUUCACCCUGCCACAGUCUGAAAACUGUGUCAACGGAAAAAGUUGCUCAAGUCAUCCAUCAGAAACACAGCUCAUCCAAAACUGGAGGAAAGACAUGAAAGGAGGAGGACAUCUAGUGGACAUCAAGCGCAAACUCAAGAGGAUGAACCCCAAGCGCUCCAAGAGAAAAGACUCUCCAGUCAGACUAUAUAAGAAAUGCAUCAGGAUGCACACUAAACUGCAGAAACCUAGACUUCCUAAACGGAAACAAUAAUAAAGCCUGUUUCAACUAACAAUAAUACACUUUAACUCACAACCUGCCACACAUGCACACACAUGGAGAACUUUGUGCUUAAAUAGCUUAGCCUAAUAUAAUAGGUCAGAGUGUUAAUUAGCCUAGGCUACUUCGUUAUGGGGUAAUAUCAGUGCUUUAAGUGAGCCGAUAUGCACCAGUACUCAGUACCGCCACUUCCAAAUAUAGCUCUUGAGCAUACCGCCACCUCUCUGUGCGCCCAGAAAGUGAUGUUAGCAUACCAGUAAGUUCAUUUGGACAUCUGUUUUAAUAGAGGUUUUAAUCAUUUGCCUGCGCUGCCGCUUUUCAGAGCUUCUUCCAGGUUCGGACGGAGUAUUGAGCGUGAAUCAUUUGAACCAGUUUGGGAGUUCGAAGCGGGAUCGCGAAUCAUUUGAGUCAGUUCGGGAGUUCGUAGCGCGUUCACGAAUCAUUUGAAUCAGUUCGUGGAAUCUGAGUGGGUUCGCGAAUCAUUUGAGUCAGGUCGGGAGUUCGUAGCGGGUUCUCGAAUCAUUUGAGUCAGUUCGGGAGUUCGUAGCGGGUUCGCGAAUCAUAUGAGUCAAUUUGGGGAUCGCGAAUCAUUUGAGUCAGUUUGGGAGUUCGGAGCGGGAUCGCGAAUCAUUUGAGUCAGUUUGGGGAUCGCAAAUCAUUUGAAUCAGUUCGGGAGUUCGGAGCGGCUUCGCGGAUCAUUUCAAUCAGUUCGAGGAAUCGGAGCGGGUUCGCGAAUCAUUUGAUUUAGGUCGGGAGUUCGUAGCGGGUUCGCGAAUCAUAUGAGUCAAUUUGGGGAUCGCGAAUCAUUUGAGUCAGUUUGGGAGUUCGGAACGGGAUCGCGAAUCAUUUGAGUCAGUUUGGGGAUCGCAAAUCAUUUGAAUCAAUUCUAGAGUUCAUAACGGGUUCACGAAUCAUUUGAGUCAGUUCGGGAGUUAUUAAAAAUCAUUUUGCACAUUUUAUUUAUGUUCAGUAGUUCUUUCUAGCUCAAGCAAAUCCACAAACUAAUAAAAGGAUUUAUAAUUAAGAUCACAUGUUGACUGCUGUAUAUAAAACCCCUUUAUAUAGUUGUUGUUGAGGGGACUCAUCAAAAACAAAACAAAUAAAAACAGAAUAUAUAUAUAUAUAUAUAUAUAUAUAUAUAUAUAUUGGCUAUAAUAGAGUACCGCCACCUCUUUUGGGCCACUUAAAGCACUGGGUAAUAUGGUACAAAUUGUUUAAGCUGCAAGAAAAAGUGAGCAUUUAAAGACAACUUCUAAGUGGCAUAUAUAUUGUAAUUAUUUGAAAGUGAUAUUCUUAGGCAUAUCUUAAAUGAAAUAAUGCAUCGUGAACAUUUAAGUCAUAACUAUUUAACUUUAACUAGCAGGAUGCAUUUGCGCAUGCGCUGAAAAUGUCUGGAUAUUUUGUUACGAUAUUUUUUUUUUUUUAUCUCACCUACCUAAUAUUGCACUAUAUCUGAAUUUAUGUAACAAGCGAGCGUUGUAAAUGUGUGUACAAUUGUAAAUAACAUGUAAAUUAAUAAAUAAAGAUAUCUUUAUAUGAA